CAAGGAGGAAGGCCCUGCUGCCGGCCGUCUGCGUUGCAGCGGCCGUGGCCGUGGCCGUCGUCGUGCUGUGCGCCGGCGGGGGCUCGCUCGACGGGGUGCGGGACUACUUGUUCUUCCGCGACGCACAAGUUCGCCUAGGCUGGAUCAUCUUUCCAUUGCACUUUGAGCCUAUAUUGUUCCAAGCGGAUAGAGGUCGAUAUUGGCUAGUGGAUGGCAGCGAUGCAAGAUCACACUACAAAAGGUAGAGAAGAAGAUGAUAUUUGAGCCCGUCAGUGCGGUGGGAAUUAAUGUAAUGUUACAUCAAAGAUAACGAUAAGGGACUCCACACUUGGUAAAAAGUGGCAAGACGGGAGAGAUCAUACAGGAGCAGGUGAUCUGAUGUCCGGAUCGAGUUCAGUAAUGAGAUGUCUUAUUAAUUAAGGUCAACAAAAGCUGAUGCAUACAUUUCAGAGUGGAUCAGUGCAAUAGUCGUCGUUGGCUCAUUGCACCGUUGUUGUAUGGGUGGAGAAGCCCCGGUAUGCACUGAUCUUUGGGUGAGCGGCCAAGCUCCGGCAAGUAGGACAAUGCAAGUUGCUAUCUUGGUCAUGGAGCACUUAUGAUUGACCACUAUCAUCUAGUAGUGUGUAUAAUUCCUAAGUUGAGGAAGUCCAUGCAGACAUGUAGUUGAGCCUAUUUUUUAAGGAAUCACAUUAUUAGUUUAUUACCAUAAAUAGCAUGUUCGAAAUACAAGAAUUACAAAUGAAUUUUGCAGAAAUUGAUUGAAAUAGUAUCACGGUGUGUAAUUUGAGAAAUACUCCCUCCUGAAAUAUAAGUUAUUUUAUUUACGCUAAGUCAAAUAAUUCAAAGUUUAGUCAAACUUAUAGAGAACGUAUCAAAUAAGUAAAUUAUAAAAAUGUAUUUCAAUGACUAAACUUUCAUUGAUCGAGUCCGGUAUCAUGACAAUGAUGGAUCUAAUUAUAUACGCAUUUGAUAUCGUAAAUAUUAUUACUUUUUUCUCAUUUUUCUUUUAUGUUUGCUGAAUAUAUAUAUGACUCGGAUGACAUAUCUCCAGUGAACCUCACCGCCGACCAUCUCCUCGACGGCCUUCUCACUGCUGAGUUCAGCUACCGUUCCUGCCGGAGCCGUUAUGAGUUCGGCAGUUACCACAAGAAUUCGUCGCAUAAGCCAUCACCCUACCUCCUCUCCAAGCUGCGGAAGCAAGAAGCGCUCCAGAAGCGCUGCGGCCCCGGCACGCCCGCUUACAAGAAUGCCCUCCGGCGGCUCCAAUCCAGCGACGGCGCCGCCACCGGCGUCGAGGACGGUGACUGCCGCUACCUCGUGAACAUCAGCUUCCGUGGCCUCGGCAACCGGAUGAUCGCCGUCGCGUCGGCCUUCCUCUACGCCGUGCUGACGGAGCGCGUCCUCCUCGUCCACUGGGGCAAGCAGGAUGCGGCUGACGUCUUCUGCCAGCCCUUCCCGGGCGCCACGUGGCUGCUGCCGCGCGCCUCCGGCAAGCGUUCACCGCUCAGGAACCUCGACGAUUACGGCGGGGAAUCAAAGGAGAGCCUGGGGAACAUGCUCCAAAGCGGCGGCGCCGUCGUCGUGUCCGCCGACGGGAACGUGUCCUGGGCGUCCCCGCGGCGGCCGCCGGCGUACGUGUACCUACACCUUUCCGGCGGCUAUGGCUUCCACGACAAGCUCUUCUACUGCGGCGCGCACCAGCGGCUCCUCCGUGGCGUGCCGUGGCUGCUCAUGAGGACGGACAGCUACCUGGUGCCGGGGCUGUUCCUCACGCCGCCGUUCGUCGGCGAGCUCGAAGCCAUGUUCCCGGAGAAGGACGCCGCGUUCCACCACCUCGGCCGGUACCUCUUCCACCCCAGCAACGCCGUCUGGCGCGCCGUCACGAACUACCACCGCGCCAACCUCGCCGGCGCCGCCGGCCGGCGCGUCGUCGGCAUCCAGAUCAGGGUGUUCGACAAGAAGCAGCCGCCGCAGCUAGUCCUGGACCAGCUCCUCUCCUGCGUCCGCAACGAGAAGCUCCUCCCGGGGAUCGCAGCAUCCAACGACGACGCCGUCCUGGUGACGUCGCUGAGCUCGUGGUACUACGAGCGGAUCGCGGCCGAGUACGGCGGCGGGGUCGCCGGCGGCGGCGUGCACCAGCCGAGCCAGGAGGGCAAGCAGCGGUGGGGCGACGCGGCGCACGACGUGAAGGCGCUGAGCGAGAUGUACCUGCUCAGCACGUGCGACGUGCUCGUCACCAGCGGCUUCUCCACGUUCGGGUACGUCGCGCAGGGGCUAGCCGGGCGGCGGCCGUGGGUCAUGGCGAGGCCGUCGCCGUGGGAGGAAUGGAAGGAGGGCCAGGCCGCGCCGGAGCCGCCGUGCCGGCGCGCGCUCUCCGUCGAGCCGUGCUUCCACUCGCCGUCGUACUACGACUGCGCGGCGGGGAGGGACGUGGAGCUGGACAGGGUGAGGCCGUACAUCAGGCGGUGCGUGGACGUCAGCUGGGGAAUACAGCUUGUCAACGAAAGCAGCAGCCGAUGGUAACAUUUACCUGGUGGCCAUGGCAGUUAAUUAACACACGGCAAAUUCAAAAAGCAAAGUCAACCACUGACGGAGCGAGCAAAAGAGGCUUCACUAGCUUAGCUUGCACGCCCUUUGUGCACUGUACCAUACGCUCGAAAAUCCUUUAAUUUAGGGGCGUUUGGACUUUGGAUCGGCUUUCAGAUGUUGAAAACUAGCAAAAAGAUACGUAUCAUUCCAGAUUCUCUUGAGAAGCUGUUGCUUGGGUAGGCUACCUGAUGUAUGUAGCUUGGUGUUUGGUAGUCUGGUUUUUUUUGUUGGGCAGCCUAUACUAUACAGGCCGAACUGAGAAAUGUUUGGAAUGCCCUUGAGGUUUUGAAAGAAA